AUGCGGGACCAUCCCGGACAUGAAGAUGCAAUGUUUGACGACCACAAGUACUAUUUCCCACCCGGCGCAUUGGAAGCGAGACAGCCGACAGCCCAGCCGGGGUUGGAGGUGACGGCGCAGCAAGAUGAGUUGGGAAACCCAGGCCUGCAACCCGUGCCUCUGGAAGAGACCAAGUUCCACGUCGGAGGUCUGCACGAAGAUGCCUCCCGGUACAGGACAGCGGGCGCCGUCCACGCCGACGAACUUGCGUCACAGGGGAUGCAAGCCGUUCCCAUAGAGCACAGCCCGACAACACCACCGCAAGCGUGGCUGUACCAACCUCCGGUCCAAUGGACAGCGCCGCCGCCGGAUGCGACCCACGGACAGCACACGCCGGAUGCGAACUACGGACAAUACAUGCCGACCCAGUCAUCGGUGGAACUCGCAGUAUAUCCCGCUUAUCAACCUCCGAUAGACCACCAGCAAUACCCAUCCAAUUGGUCUGCCGCGUCCGACAGCCAAUAUAUGAUUCCGGCAUUAGCCAGCCCACAACCCUCGUACUACAAAGAAGAACCACAACAGCAACCCAUAGCAGACAAGGCGACAAAUCGGAGGAAAUGGAUGCUGUGGGCAGUGGGUGGCGUGCUCUUGUUCAUGGCCAUCAUUGGAGCGGUGGUUGGGGGCAUAGUGGGCAGCAAAGCAGCACAUGCAAGUGACAGUGAUAGUGCAAACAACCAUAGUGGCCAGGGUCUGCCCACUGCCGAUCCAGCUCCAAGCAAUACAACAGCGAGCGAUACUCCCCCCAAAACGAUCCGAACGAACUCGAGGCUCGCGGUUACUGGGUACCGCAAUCAAACGACCGCCGACUAUGCCAUCCGGCUCUUCUACCAAGACUCAAAUAACCAACUGCGGUUCGUGGAUAAAGAGAGUCCGGGCGCAAACUGGACAACCGAAUCGGUGAUUCUGGACUCUCUCCCGUACGAACCCAAGGAAAACGGGUCUAUCUCGGCCGCCACCUAUUUAGUUGACCCCCCCAAAAUCAUGUUGUUCUAUGUCGACCACGAUAGCGUCAUGCGCGGGCAGCAAUUCUAUUUCGCCUUUGAGAACGAGACCAUGGCCCAGAAAGGGAUAAAGUCAAGUCUCGAUAUGUAUCCACUAGAGACAGCCGAGGACACACGCAUCUCAUCCUUCUUCCCUUACGCCAUCUCGCAAGAUGCCGACAACCAAGUACGAUGGACGACGAUGCUUGGCCAGAACGGCAGCAACCUCUCCGCGCCAUGGUGGAUCAACGACACCAACUUGAACAUCGAAGCCUCCCCGGGCGCAGGCAUGGUCGCCCUGCCCGUGGCCCAGGAAUUUCACGACACGGGCGGUCUGGUCUAUCGGAGCAGCGAGGGAAAGCUGACGUACCAGAUCCGCGAUGACCAGAAAUCGAUUGACGCGGAUGUGUCCUGGGCGAAGGGGACCCUGUCGCAGGAGAUUCCGGCCGAUACCGCAAUCGGGGCGUUCGUGGUGGGAAGACCCUACGAUGAUGACGAGGUCAACACUUAUAUCUUGUAUCAAGAUGACGACGGUGUUAUCCAAGUUGUGUGGCAGGACAACGUGACGGGUUGGCAAGGACCCACGACAUAUGAUGCGCUGAGUGGUGCUCUAAAGGGCACCGACAUUACAUGUCUGAAUGCCGGUGCGUACGCUCAGGCAGGCGUGAUGAUAUCAAGGGAACAGGACACGAACCGGUGCUUCUUUCAAGUGGACGGGGGCAGGGUGAAAGAGGUGUUUUACGACGGGCAGAACUGGGUCGACGUUGGCAUCGUCCCUCUUGAAUAA